GUGCUGGGAAUGGUAUCCUAUGACGGCUACUACUCGCCCUCGCAGUUCCGCUACCAGGACUCGGACGAUCCUACCUACCACAUUCAGGAUAAUCCCUAUGGGGGGUCGCCCAACGUGCAGCGCCUCGUGGACGAGUUUGUAGCGGAAGUGAGCAAGAGGGCGGAGGGCUUCAAGACGAACCACCUGCUGUUCCCCAUGGGCGAGGACUUUGCGUUUGACCGCGCCAUCUCGUGGUUCAAGAACAUGGACAAGCUCAUUCACUACGUCAACCUGCCCAGCUAUGCACAGGACGGCACAGCAAGUCCCACUGGAAUGGACGUGCUGGGCCAUGGCCCAAGAGAACCCAUUGUCUUGAGAACCCAUUCUCUUGAUUCUCUCUCACGUACCCCUCCACCCAACCCCCUCACUUCCCCCGCCCCUUUCCCUCUACCCCCCUUUCUCUCUCUUCCUCUCUACCUAUUCGUCCCUCACUCCAGCUAUUUGGAUCACGCCUUCUCCUACUGGUCGGGUCGGGCUACUGCACAGGAGCACCCUCUAUCAGGACAGUGGGCCCUACUGGUCGGGCUACUUCAGCAGCCGCCCAUCUCUGAAGCUCCUCGCCCGCUCCUGCAGCGCGCUGCUGCUGGUGCUCUGCCUGCCCUCUGCCCCCUGAACCCACUCUUGGCUUACUCCCCUCUUUUGCCCACUCCUGCAGCUCCCUGCUGCUGGUGCGCUCCCCGCCCUCUGAACCUGCCUCUUGUGGCCACCACAGCAGCAGAGGUAGCAGUGGGAAAGCAAGCACUACAGGCAUGGGGCAUGGCGACGGGGCGCAUGGUGGUACUGGAGCACCUUGUGCUUGACCCACACAUGGGAAAGACGACCAGAGACAGCCAGGAGGAGGAGAAGCAGGCGGAUGGGAGGGAGAGUGGGGUGGAGAGUGCGAGAGGGGUAGAGGGGAUGAAGGUGGGGUGGGAGGGCGAGCGGCGGGUGCGAGUGGCGAGCUCGUUCCGGCUGGAGGAGGCAGUGGCAGUGGUGCAGCACCAUGAUGGCAUCACAGGCACGGCCCAGCAGCACGUUACUGACGAUUAUUCCAUUAGGCUGCACCGCGCUGCUGAGGAGGCAUCAGCUGUGCUCACGGCAGCACUGGCGCACCUCAUCAUGAAAGGCUCCAUCCCAUCCCCAUCCGUACCUUCCUCUCCAUCCAACCUCUCCUUCUCCUCGCGGGCUGCCGUGGAGUUCACGUUCAGGGAGGACAGCGACUUGCAGCGUGGAUGGGGGUUCUGGAACCAGGCAGCAGAUGGGGCAGAUGAGGGGGAUGAGGAGGACGAUGGGGAUGAGGGGGAUGAGGAAGGUAAGGCAGACAAAAUAGACAAGAUGAAUGAGUUAUUAUAUGAGGCAGACAGAGCAGGGGCAGCGGAUGACGAGGAUGAGGGGGAUGGGGAAGCAGGUGAGGGAGAUGGUAGGCAGCGUGCUGCAAGGUCCCGUGUGAAGAGAGUCCCUCACGCGACAGAGGAGACAAUCUUUGAGUCGACUAAAAAAAAGUCCCGUGUGAAGAGAGACCCUCACAAGGAGGAGGAGACAACAAGUGACCCCAACGAGGUGUUUGACCCUCAGGCGUUGCAGCCAGCUGAUCCUCUAGCGGUCCAGCACGGUGCGGCUGACCGUGAAGUGGUUCAGAGCGGUGCUGCUGGGAAGGUGACUGGGUCUGGUGGAGCCAAUGCAAACUCUGCUGGUGACGGCACACGGCCUGAUGAGAGGAGAGGGCAGGAGGUGGUAGGGGAGCACGGCAGCAGGGGGAGGAGGAGGUGGGUGCAGCUGAGUGAGGGUGCCAAAGCAGAGGGUGGAGGACAGCAGCUGCCUUCACUGGACCUGAAAAUGUGCCCUCUUCUCAACAUCUCCUACUGCCCUCCAUCCGAAACACCCCUGCAGCCAGAUCAGACCCUGGUGGUGGUGGCCUUCAACCCUCUCGCAUGGUCCCGCUCUGAAGUGAUUCGAUUCCCGGUGUCAUCCCCCUCCCUCCUAGUCACUGACGCCUCUGGCGCCCCCAUUCCCUCUCAAAUUCUCAGGGAGACUCUCCUCUCCCCCUCCACCCGCUCCACCUACAUUGCUGCUUACACUGGCGUGGGGGGCAUCGUAGGAGAGGUGGAGGGGGAGGAGGAAGGGGAGGAAGGGGGGGGGAGAGGGGAAGAGGGAGGGGAGGAGGGAGGGGAGGAGGGGGAGGAGGGGGAGGAGGAGGGAGGGGAGGGGGUGGAGGAGGAGGAGGAGUGGAAGGAUUAUGGGGAUGGGCGAGGGCCACAGCCGAGCCAAAAGCAGAAAAUGAAGCAUCGGGAAAGGCAGACUAAGGAGCAGACGGGAGUAGAGCAGAAGGAGGGAGAGCAAAAGGAUGGGGAGCAGAAGGAGGGGGACAAGAAGGAGGGGGAGCAGCGGAAGGGAGCGCAGAAGGAGAGAGAGCAGCAGCAGCAGCAGCAGCAGCAGCAGCAGCAGCAGCAGCAGCAGCAGCAGGCAGUGCUGUCGCUUGUGUUCAAUGCCGAGGUGCCUCCUCUUGGAUAUGCCACCUUCUUUGUCUCGCCAGCAAGCCAAGACACACCUGGCAGGGCGUACGAGAGUGCUGCAUGGAGCAACACGGUUGAUGCUGCAGCAGCAACGCUAGGGGCAGCUGCAGGAGCAGCAGCACAGUCUGUGGCAGCACUGCCGACUGAGACAGCAGCAGCAGCAGCAGCAGCAGCAGCAGCGGCAUCAGCAUCUGAAGCAGCAUCAGCCCAGACAGAAGCUGCAGCAGCCCAGGCAGGGGCAGCCGAGAAGCAACCCGGCAAGGCGGGGAGGGGGAGGAAGACGAGAGGGCGGAGGAUGGUGGUGAGCGGUGGACAGGAGGGAGAGACGAACGGUGGAGAAAGGAAAGGGAGGGAGGCAGGGAGCAGGGGGAGAGGAAGCAGGAGAGGGUUGCAGGGCGGUGGGGGAAUGGAGGAGGGCAAGAUAGGUGGGGGAGAAGGAGGUGCAGGGGGAGGGGGAGGGAGGGGGCUGGAAGGGGGUGAUACCGUUGUGCUGGGAGGGUGGCAAGGUGUGGGGGGGCCUCGUGGUAGUGGUGCUGCUGGUGCCGACAGGGACGGUGGGGAACAGGCGGCGUUGCGCGUCUCGUUCUCCAAGUCAGCGGUGGGCUUGCAGCGGAUGGAGCUGGUCUCUUGGAGCGCGAAUGGCACUGGGGAGAUUGUGCGCAUGGCCGUGCCAGUGAGCGCCAGCAUGAUGGAGUAUGCAACAUUCGCUGGCGGCGCAUACAUCUUCCAACCCUCCAAGCCAGCCGCACACAUCACCAUCACUAACGCCACCUACCAGGUGCCCAUUCACAUCCAGCAUGGACCAAUCGUGGAGGAGUUCAGCCGCCAGGUCACUCCAUGGAUCUCUGAGGUGUUCAGAGUGUAUCCAGGGCAGGACUACGCUGAGCUGCACUAUUCCGUGGGUCCGCUGCCCUCCAAGAGUCCCAGCCACGAGGUGGUGGCUCGCAUCACAGCGCCCAUCAACAGCAGCAGGACCUUUUAUUCCGACUCCAAUGGCCGCACCUACCUCAAGCGGGUGGUGGACUAUCGGUCUGACUGGAGCCUUAACGUCAGCGACCCCAUAGCAGGGAACUACUAUCCGAUAACGGUUGGAGCUUUCAUAAAAGACAAAGCAGCCCAGUUGUUGGUGCUUGUGGAUCGGGCGGCGGGCGCUGCCAGCCUGGAAUCUGGCCAGUUAGAGGUCAUGCUUCACAGGAAGCUGAGUUCGCUGGAUGGCAAAGGGGUGGGGGAACCGCUACAGGAGAGCAUCACACUGGGAGAAAAGACCCGCUCCCUCACAGUUGUGGGCUCUCUGCGCUUUGGGCUGCACCCCAGCUCGGACUCAGAAGAAAGAGUAGGGGAGCAAAGGGAGCAGCGAGAACAACGGGGGGCGCGAGUGGGGUUGGGGCGCGGAAGCGAGUGGAGGAGGCAGCACGCACAGCGCCUCUUAACUCCUCUGGAGCUCACCUUUGCGGUUGAAGUCACCCACCCCUUUCUGCCACUCACCUCCCUUCAUCACUGUCACGUGCCAAAAACUUCUGCAUGA